AUUGUCUUUUUUCCAUCCUUUUUUUUUCUUUCCUAACCUGGUUUCUUCCAGUGCAACUGCAGAUAGAAGACCUGACUCGUAAACUGCGCACAGGAGACCUGGGCAUCCCCCCUAACCCUGAGGACAGGUCCCCUUCCCCUGAGCCCAUCUACAAUAGCGAGGGGAAGCGGCUUAACACGCGCGAGUUCCGCACCCGCAAAAAGCUUGAAGAGGAGCGGCACAACCUCAUCACGGAGAUGGUUGCCCUCAACCCUGAUUUCAAGCCGCCUGCAGAUUACAAGCCUCCAGCAACACGGGUGAGCGAUAAAGUAAUGAUUCCACAAGAUGAGUACCCAGAAAUCAACUUCGUGGGGCUGCUGAUUGGGCCCAGAGGGAACACCUUGAAGAACAUAGAGAAGGAAUGUAACGCCAAGAUUAUGAUUCGGGGAAAAGGGUCUGUCAAAGAAGGGAAGGUCGGGCGCAAAGAUGGCCAGAUGUUGCCUGGAGAAGAUGAACCACUUCAUGCCCUGGUUACCGCCAACACCAUGGAGAAUGUGAAGAAAGCCGUGGAACAGAUAAGAAACAUCCUGAAGCAGGGUAUUGAGACCCCUGAGGACCAGAAUGAUCUACGGAAGAUGCAGCUUCGGGAGUUGGCCCGUUUGAACGGGACCCUUCGAGAAGAUGAUAACAGGAUCUUAAGACCUUGGCAGAGCUCAGAGACCCGCAGCAUUACCAAUACCACAGUGUGUACCAAGUGCGGAGGGGCUGGCCAUAUUGCUUCCGAUUGUAAAUUCCAAAGGCCUGGUGACCCCCAGUCAGCUCAGGAUAAAGCACGGAUGGAUAAAGAGUAUUUGUCCCUCAUGGCUGAACUGGGCGAAGCCCCUGUGCCAGCGUCCGUGGGCUCCACCUCUGGGCCUGCCACCACGCCCCUGGCCAGCGCGCCUCGGCCUGCUGCUCCCGCCAACAACCCACCUCCCCCGUCUCUCAUGUCCACCACCCAGAGCCGCCCACCCUGGAUGAAUUCGGGCCCUUCAGAGAGUCGGCCCUACCACGGCAUGCAUGGAGGUGGUCCUGGUGGGCCCGGAGGUGGCCCCCACAGCUUCCCACACCCGUUACCCAGCCUGACAGGUGGGCACGGUGGACAUCCCAUGCAGCACAACCCUAACGGACCCCCACCCCCUUGGAUGCAGCCGCCACCACCACCGAUGAACCAGGGCCCCCACCCACCUGGGCAUCAUGGCCCUCCUCCAAUGGAUCAGUACCUGGGAAGUACGCCUGUGGGCUCUGGGGUCUAUCGCCUGCAUCAAGGAAAAGGUAUGAUGCCACCGCCGCCUAUGGGCAUGAUGCCGCCGCCGCCGCCGCCUCCCAGUGGGCAGCCCCCGCCCCCUCCCUCUGGCCCUCUUCCCCCAUGGCAGCAGCAGCAGCAGCAGCCUCCGCCACCCCCUCCGCCCAGCAGCAGUAUGGCUUCCAGUACCCCCUUGCCAUGGCAGCAAAAUACGACGACUACCACCACGAGCGCUGGCACAGGGUCCAUCCCGCCAUGGCAACAGCAGCAGGCGGCUGCCGCAGCUUCUCCAGGAGCCCCUCAGAUGCAAGGCAACCCCACUAUGGUGCCCCUGCCCCCCGGGGUCCAGCCGCCUCUGCCGCCCGGGGCCCCUCCCCCUCCGCCGCCUCCGCCGCCUGGUUCCGCCGGCAUGAUGAUCCCUCCCCGCGGCGGCGAUGGCCCGAGCCAUGAGAGUGAGGACUUUCCGCGCCCAUUGGUGACCCUUCCAGGCAGACAGCCUCAGCAGCGCCCCUGGUGGACGGGAUGGUUCGGCAAAGCAGCCUGAGUUAUUUUUGUGGACGGAAUCGGAACACGCUGGCUCCAUAUCGUGAAAUUUUUAUUAAUUUUUUUCUUUUUCCUUUGUUAUUUCCUGAUCUCUUCCUUUCUUCAGACUCCGUCCAAGGAGAUGCUCUUCCCCGAUCUUCUGCUGCAAUUAGAUUCCUUUCCUUUUUCUCCGUUCCUCGUUCUUUUCUUCCUAAGGAGAGGAGGGAGCAAAUGGUUUUAGGCGCAAGCUUUAGCCAUUGAUGUCAGGCUAGUUGCGGGGGUGGGGCGGGGGGGGGUUCUUUGGUUCUAAAAUUUUCAAGGUUGCCAUGACCACCCCAGAGACUUUUUUUUUUUUUUGUCCUUUCUGUAGUGUGAGAUUUUUGUCUUUGCCACCUUUGUAGAGAAGUGGGUUCAUUUCCAGGUUCUGGGUCGACACCUAUCCCGGCACCCCUGCCUGCGUUAGGUGGGGCCACCCAAGCCACCUUGGGCUCGUCUGCCACCCUGGAGAGUCCUUUCCGUGCUCCCUGAGCAUCUAAGCUGCCUCAGAUUCCAUUUGUUCCUCUCCUUCCUGGAAGGUUUCCUUUUAAAUUUUAUUUUAAUCCCAAACGUCUGAAUGUUUUGCAGUGUCUAAGGGUUUGAGCCCCUCGUUUUUCGUUCUACUUCCUUUUUCCUCCCCUUCCCUCUUCAUGGAGUGAUUAUGUUGACAAUAAUGUAUAAUGCGCGUUCUCUUCACUGGUUUAUCUGCAGAAAUUUCUCUGGGCUUUUUUUUCGGUGUAUGAUUCAACACUGCGUUAAAGGGGGGGUGUUCCAUUGAAUAAAAGAGCAGUGUGGUUUUC